AUGGCCCCGUCAUCAGUUCUGAUCAUUCCGAUGGAUCCCAUUAGCGCAGUCUCCAUCGCGACGUCUAUUGUGACAUUUAUCGACUUCACUGUCAAAGUCGUACUCCUCGGCCACGAUGUUCAUCAGGAAGGCACCACCAUCGGCGUUUCAGAGAUCGAGCACAGAGCGCAGGAACUCAAAUCCUGGGUCAAUGGCUUGCGUGCACCAAUCAGCGGUCGUAAAGACUCGCUCAAAGAUGAAUAUGAGGCGCUUGACCGCAUCAUUGCAGGUUGCUCUGAAGUCGGGACGGAAAUCAUCAAAUAUCUUGAGGAACUCAUCCCAAAAGCGAAUAAACAAUCUACAUGGAAAAGUUUCCACAUUGCGCUUCGGACUAUCCUGAAGAAAGGAGAAAUCGAAGGGCUUGUCAGAAGGCUUGAAGGUUAUCAACAGGACCUCUCGUUACGCCUCCUUGCCCUGCUCAACGCGAAGACGGAUGUACACUCGUCAGAAGUGACUCAGCGCCUUGAUAGUCUCGAGACGGCGAGCAAUCGCAUUGUGCAGAUCUUGACGUUCACACAAAGUUCUUCAGAACCAUCGGCGUCACCUCGCGAUCUUAGGGCGGAUCCUGAAAACAAGAGCGAAAGUACUAGGAGAGAGAAAGUGCUCCGCGUGAUUCUGGGGCUUGAAGAUGGCACCACGCUUUCAGUCGCCGACCAACAUUUCGCACUUGCCGCCCAAGAAGACUCGGCCCCUGGCAACUCAAUCGAGCGUGUGAUCACGUUCAGAGAUCAGUCCAACACAGAGCCUGUGGAAACGGUCUCCAACGAGCGAUUCUCGCCGCUUUCGACCAAAGUCUUAGCCGCGCUCAGUUAUCGUGGCCUACAAAGCAGAUUCAGCGAUACAGCCAUAGCUCAUCGUGACACAUACGAGUGGAUAUUUAAAGCACCCGAAAAAGACCGUCGUUGGUCCGACUUCGCGGAGUGGCUCCGUAGCGGAAACAGUUUGUACUGGAUCUCAGGAAAGGCCGGAAGCGGAAAGUCUACCUUGAUGAAGUACAUUUACUCAAACUCUACAACCACUGAACUUCUCGACUCGUGGAGAGGUGGUUCUACGUUGCUGCAGGCUAGGUUCUUCUUUUGGGCGGCCGGACAUACCCUGCAAUCAUCACACGAAGGUCUGUUACGAGGCCUGCUGCACACGCUUCUUUCGCUAUGUCCACGGCUCAUACCGUCCGUCUUUCCCGAAAUCUGCACAGAGAUCGUCGCAGGACGUGAGUUGAGCCUCUCCUGGACGCUCUCAGAGCUUAUAGAAGCUCUUCAUCUACUGGUCGGAAACUCCAAAGGCCUCAGAAUUUGCCUUUUCAUUGAUGGACUGGACGAGUACUCUGGAGAUCACGGUGAACUCAUUCGUGUUUUCGAAACACUGUCUUCCUACGACAACGUGAAGCUGGUGCUGUCGAGCCGACCCUUAGUAGCGUUCAAUGACGCCUUCGAAAACAUGCCUCAGCUUCGGCUACAAGACCUGACGUAUCAAGACAUGAUGAAGUUCGUCUCUGACAGGCUAGAUCACUCUCGGGGUUUAAGGGACAUGGAAGAGUUGGAUCCAGAGCUCCGCUCAACCUUGGUUCGUGGCCUAUGCGACAUGUCAGCCGGCGUUUUUCUCUGGGUAGUGUUAUCGCUUAAUUCGAUUCUAGAAGGACUACAAAAUGGUGAGACGGCAUCUACGUUGCAACGCAAACUCGACUCGCUCCCCCCGGACCUCCACGAAAUGUAUAAGCGCAUGUUCAGCUCGCUAGACCCGGCAACGCAAAAGAGUACGGCUCGGAUGAUUCUCAUAAUGCUGAGGAGCAAAGAAGUACCAAGUUCCGAGCCAAUGAGCCUUCUUCAACUAGCUCUAGCCGACAAAGAGGACACUACUGCUGAAAAGGCUAUCACCGAGGAAAUGCGAAUCAUGCCGCCAAACAAGCGACGAUCCCUAUGCUCGUGGAUGGAUAGAAGGAUCAAUGGCCAUACAAAAGGCUUGCUUGAAGUCACACGCCAAGACAAUAUCGCUGAACGAGGCUCGUCUUUGAUGGACGCAUGGGUCGAGUUCCACCACAAAACUGCAAUCGACUUCUGCCGCUCUGAUGAGAUAUGGGCCCUACUGAAGGCACAGGCUGGCUCUAACUUCAACAUCGAUCUGACUCUACUCGCUGCAUGCCUGCUCGAAAUGAAGGCAUUGCCUUCCGAAAGAGCGGUUGUAGCGGACGCCGACCGUUCAUUUGCGAACUUGCGGCAAGGACUCAUGUAUGCCAGCUUCCUGGAAGAACGUAACCUUCGUCCCUAUACGGCUUUACUGGACGAUAUGGAAAAGACUAUGAGGCUUCACUGGGCGAAGGCGACAAAGUUCAAAAAGCGAGCGUUAGACGACGAAUGGACCGCAGCGAGAGACAUGACAUUCGAACGAUUCGCCGAACAACAACAAACCAAUGCCAAUACAGGGAGAUACGAGCGUCAUGAUAACCAGCGGAACCCUGCGUUCUUGAGUCUUGCCAUGCAAUUUGGCUGUUAUCUCUAUGUUGCCGACAAAGCCUCGUGGGAAGAAUCCAUCACACCCCAACAACGAAGUACGCUGACCUGUGCACUCAUACGGUACUACUUGACAACGGAUUUUAUGCGCAAAGACGGAUCAGGAACAAAAGCGGUCACUGCAAUUCUUCAAAUCCUUGAUUUGGAUGCCGAAGCUGUAAUACGCAUGGAUCUACGGAGGUGCUGGAAGACGUUCGUUUUGUGCCUGGAUAGUGAAAUCGAACCAUCAUACUGGUCUCAGAACGCGAACAACACAAUGGACUUGUGCCUUGCUUUCCUUAAUGAUCGCGAGCUCCGACUACAUCCUGACAUAAAUGCUUCGGAGGUCCGAGACUUGCUCCGAGUGUUUCAUUAUAGAGUGGUGGCCGCAAAUUCACCAAGCGCAAAGAGCGAUAGCACCCAGCAAGAGCUAGACGAGUUCAACACGAAGUAUGACAAGGCUCAGACUAUACUCGCAACGGAAUGGAAGAAGACCGAUAGCAAAACUCGGAAGUGGCUUGGGCUUGUGUUCAUGUUGUUCGCGGCGGUCCUUUCGUUGCUUGUUUUCAGUCGCAACGGUUCAUUGAUUUCGUAUAGUAGCUUGGACACGACACGAGAACUCUAG